CCCGUCGCGGCUACUGCUUGGUGCCGGAAAGGACGUGUGCGCCCUGGGUAUGUCUUUCUCCCCGUUGCCUUCUAUCAAGCGCUCGCCGCGAGACGUCGAGCCAGCCAGAGGGGUGUCGUCUUCUUAGGUUGCAUGUUCAGGCCGCGUGAGCGCGCGGUCGUGGCUGAAUCCAUGGAGGCCAGUGGCACCAUCCGGUGGGAGCGCGGGAAGGCGUACUUCUGUGCUGGCGAGGGGGCACUGCGGGUGCCCAUGUCCAUGCACAGGGACAACCGGGAGAGGCUGCUGGAGGGCCUGCGCAGGCGCUCGGAGGUCCCGGGCUCCGCUGUCGUCUACCUGGAGGGUGGGGAGGAGAGGUCGGUCUACGACACUGACACGGUCUGGGACUUCAAGCAGGAGAGCAAUUUCCAGUACCUCUUCGGGGUCAAGGAGCCCGGCUGCAGAGCUGCGCUGCGGGUGUCCGACGGCCGUUCUGUGCUGUUCGUUCCGAACUACCCGCCGUCCUACGCGGCGUGGAUGGGCCCUAUCAAGCCCUUGGCCUGGUUCCAGCGGGCAUACGAGGUCGACGAGGCACGCUUCGUGGAGCUGGCGGGCGGCGGCGAGGGCGGGUCCGAGGAGGCUGCGAAGGUGGUGUCCUCGGAGCUGGAGGCCUCGUGCCUGCUGGUGCUGGACGGGACCAACCGGGACUCUGGCCUGCAGCCCAAGAGGCCGGACCUGGCGGGCUUCGAGGUCCCUGUGAGCACCGAGGGCUCCCGGGCGCUCUGGGAGGAGCUUGCGGAAGCGCGAGUGGUGAAGAGCCCCGACGAAGUCAAGCUCCUGCAGUUCGCGAACGACGUCUCCUCUCACGCGCACGUGGAGCUGAUGCGUGGUCGGGUGGGGCUGGGCGGCUCGCGGGAGUACCUGGCAGAGGCCGCCUUCAGGUACCAGGCCGCCCUGAGG